GCACCUUCGUCACCGCGCGCAGGGGGUGGAAUCUUGCGGCGCCCAAUCAGGAGGGGCCGCCCCCUGACGUCGGCGUCCAGGCCACAGGAGCUGUUCCCCCAAUAACAACAACAACAGCCGCCGCCGCCGCGAUGUCGCAGGACGAGAACCUGCAGGGAUCCUGGGUGGAACUGCACUUCAGCAGCAAUGGGAAUGGCAAUAGUAACACUAUCCAACCAACCAAUCAAGAACAAGUACCAGCCUCUCUUUCUAUUUACAAUGGUGACAUGGAGAAAAUUCUCUUAGAUGCCCAGCAUGAAUCUGGAAGGAGCAGUUCAAGAGAGAGCUCACGCUGUGACAGCCCUCCUCGGUCCCAGACACCUCAUGACAUUAACAAAGCUUCUGAGAUGGAGAGUCACAGCAGUGGAGAAAAGAGUAGCUCUCAGUCUGAAGAAGAUUUUCUUGAAAGAAGGAGAGAAGUAGAAAGACUCUUGAAGAAAAAUUCAGAUUGGAUAUGGGAUUGGUCCAGCAGGCCUGAGAACAUCCCACCAAAGGAAUUCCUCUUUAAACACCCUCGUCGAACUGCCACUCUCAGCAUGAGAAACACCAGUGUGAUGAAGAAAGGGGGCAUAUUCUCAGCAGAGUUUUUAAAGAUUUUCCUUCCGUCUCUGUUUCUCUCUCACUUGCUUGCUGUAGGUCUGGGGAUUUACAUUGGAAGACGUUUGACAACCACAACUUCAACCAGCACAUUUUAAAAGGAUGGUGAAAUUCAGUCUCAAAGCAGCAGGGAUACCCAUCUGGGAAUACAAAACAGUGAAUCACAGAAACUUCUGAAUUUGCAAAGGUUACAUGACCUGUGUGCAUUUGUUUUGUAAAAUGUUGUGUUCCUAGUUUAGUAGUAGAGUGGGAGAAGAGACACUGAAACCAAGCUAUUAUAAAUAGCUUUUUGGAUCAAUUCAUAAAGCAUGCUUCAGACUGAUUAACAUCUACUGUAAUGUAGAGGGAGGCAUUGUUGAAAAUUGAAGAACUCAGUGUUAAGAACAGAUGAAACCUUAGCUUUUAUAUAUAGUACAGAUUGUGAUGUAGCUAAUCAUCCAUCCAAAGUACUGUUUCUUUAUACUCUGUAAAAAGUAAAUAUCGCCAUUAUUAAAGUAAUCAUGACAAUCAGGGGUUAGUCCAAAAGCUGUGGCUUUACAUACAAUAUUUUGGAGAAUGUUGGUGCUUCAUUUGAGGAGACACAUCAUUUACUUAACAUGUCACUUGUCUAUUUUACACAAAACAGACACGAAAUGUUAAGACGCAUUAGAUGCUCAGCUUCUGUAAAUUUUAAAGUUUAAAUUUUAAAGUGAAUUUUAAAUUGCAAAGUUUACAGUCUGGUCCACAACAAGUCUGUAUUAAAAUUUGGACCUUCGUUUCUAAUGAAUCAUUUCCUUUUUCAGUUGCUGUUCUUAUUUUCAAAUUAAUUAAAAUUCCCGUCGCUGUGUCUUCUUGCAGAAUACAGCUUUUUUUAUUUUCAAUUUGUGAAAACAAGGAAACGAUCUAUUUCCCUUUUCAGGUGGUUUUGUUCCUAUAUGGAUCCAAAGCAGGCAGUAUGUUUGUUUCUGUGUUUAUUUGUACUUACAAAACCCAUUUUAAUUCAGGUGUUUUAUCUUCAUUUAGUGAAAUAGACAAAAAUAAUCUUUGCCAUAUCCUUUGGAGGAUUUAUGUAUUUAAAUAAAGUUUUUUCUUGUGGAUUCAGAAUGGGUUCACCAUCUUCUUUUUCCCCAGUGUUGAGAAAUAAUUUCUGAAGGUUAGAGAUUAAGAGGCACUAUUUCACUGUCAGGGUAGCUAGGAUCUGGAACCAACUUUCUAAGUAAGUGGUCCUCGCUCCUACCUUGGAUAAAUUCAAAAAGAGAGGUUAGAUGAUUACCUGUCUGGGGUCAUGUGAUCCCAGCGUGUGCUCCAACCAGUGGCGGGGGGUUAGACUAGAUGAUCUGUUCAGGUCCCUUCUGACCCCUAACUACUAUGAAAGCUGAAUCUUUGGUAGUGUCAAGGUUAUUUUUACGGUAUGUGCUGUUCUUUUAAAUACUUUGCAGAUAUUUACAUCUAAUUAAUUAGUAUUGGAAAAAAAAAGUCAAAUUUAUAAUCAUAGAAAAUAAGGGUUGGAAGGGACCUCAGGAGGUCAUCUAGUCCAACCCCCAUAAUGUAGAAUGAACACACGCUGUCUGAACCAGCACAGUACACGUUGCUUUCAUCUGUUUGCAGUAUCAUCAUUUAAAAAUAAAUUUGUUUUUUACUUUUGGUUUUAUCACUUUUUGGGGAAGUCAGGACUUUUUUUGUACUUGGAAUGGAACUGAAAUUAAUAUGGCUUUUUGUAAUGCCUCCAUUUAUGGUUAACAGUGAGCACCCUAUACUAUAAUAGUGUUCAUGCUGUACCCUUGAUGGGGUAUCACAGCUAGGGGAAUAGUCUACUGCUGCAAAGCAAAACAGUGAUAUUAAACCCCUGGGCCAAAUUCUGCAGUUAUACACAUGCUUAACCUUCCUUAUGAGUAGUCUGUUCGAGGUUAUUGGAACUUUUCAACUAUAUGAAGUUAAGCACGUGCAGUACUAGGAGGAUGAGGGCAUAAUGUUGUACUGAAUUUCUUUAUAUUUUAUUAAUCUUCUCAACAGGAGAUUCAUCAGAUUUAUUUGGCUUCUAUAAAUAGCCUUUUCCAUCAAAUAGUAAAUCAUUGAAAAUAGACGCAACUGAGAACCUAAAACCUGACACGAUUUAAUUAUUAAAACCCCAGUUGAGGUUUUUGAAAGGGAGUGCCAGUACCUCUAAAGUUCAUUCCAAAGCCAAAGUUAGGGUAGAAUUAAACCACUUCUUUUUAUUACCCUGACUUACUGAGGAUACUUUGAGAUUUGAAUAGCUGUCAGAUAAAUGUGCCCAAGAAUACCACCCCUUCCCCCAAAAUCAAUGCACUUUUGUGUAAUAACUUAGCACCAAUUAUUUUGGGUACUUUUAAAGGAAGAGUAAGCCAAUAAGUCUCUUAUUGGCUUAGACAGCAUCAAAUAAACCUAUAUCUUGCAACGGUACUUUUACUUGUAGCCCCAGUCAGCUUGCAUGAAUGUAUGUACAUAUUGAAUUUUAUGUAGCUGGGAUUCUUAAAAACCACUUUUCCAGUGGUGUUAGAUUAACAGUUCUUGAUUUGCUUUCAUGUUAAAAAAUGUAGUGCAUUAAAGUUCCUUGUAUUUAAAUAGAUUCUGACCUAAUUAGAGUGAUAUUUUUAAAAGUUUAACAGGUGUUGUUGAAUGCAUUUUCUGGUACCACAGAGGUAACAUUCAGUUAAAUACUAUUAUUAUGUAUUGAUUGUAUGAAAGCACCAACCAUUAAUAAAAAGUGAGGCAAUGUA